AAAAAUAUUUUUUGAUGGUUUUAAAAAAAAAUAAAAUAAAAUUAGUUAAUAGUUUAAAAACAUAUGAUUAACUAAUUUUGAAAUCUAUUUUUUAAAGAUAUAGUCGGUUCAACAUGGUGAAUAGAACUGGAGAGGCACGUAUCAAACCAGAGUUUGUUCGUGAAAUAACUAGUACUGAGGAUAUAGAUAAUUCUGAAUUUCCAGAAGAUGAGACAGCAAAUAACUUUGUUUGCACCACUCAGUGUGAUACUCAGAAUGUAAGUAUGCUAGAACCACCUCAACAAAAAAAAAAGAAAGGUCAAAAUAAAUGCCGUGGUAGUACAGUUCCCAGAAUCAAAGAUAUUGAUCGUUUGUGUCCAAACUUUUUGAAAAGUGAAAAAUGCCAGUUCGAAGCCAAUUGUAAAUUUAGUCACAAUGUUAAAAAUUAUUUAGACAAGCGACCUCCUGAUAUAUCUAAUAGCUGUAUUAAUUUUAUCACUUCUGGAUAUUGUAAAUAUGGUAUAGAAUGCAGAUAUGGAAAAGAACAUUUGACAGCAGAUUUUAAAAAUAUAAUAGACGAGGAAAAACAUAAAAAAUACCUUGCUAAUUUGGGUAAUGAAAAUGCUCUUAGUAAAGAAAGUAUGUUAGCUAUUAGAAAAAAAAAAUACCAAUUUCCAAGAGCAGAUUGCUAUCUGAAAUCUUCAUCAGAGGGCACUCAUAAUUUUUUAGUGAAUAAUAGAGAAAAAAAAAAGAUUGAUUUUAGUAACAAGUUGUACUUGGCACCACUAACAACAGUUGGAAAUUUACCUUUUCGUCGAGUUUGUAAAAAUUUUGGUGCUGAUAUAACUUGUGGAGAAAUGGCAAUGGCUACAAAUUUGUUGCAGGGGCAUCAAUCAGAAUGGGCACUUGUAAAGAGGCAUUCUUCAGAAGAUAUAUUUGGAGUCCAGUUAUGUGGUGGUUACCCUGAUUCAAUGGCUAAAGCUGUCGAGAUGCUUAACAAAGAAUGCCAAAUUGAUUUUAUUGAUAUAAAUAUGGGUUGUCCUAUUGAUCUUGUUUUUAAAAAAGGAGAAGGAAGUGCAUUAAUGGGCAGGAUGAAAAAGCUUGAGGAAGUUGUUAAAGGAAUGGUGCAGGUGUCUGAUGUUCCUAUAACAAUUAAAAUGAGAACAGGGAUUCAGGAAAAUAAAUCAAUUGCACACAAAAUUAUUCCGCUGGUCAAGGAGUGGGGUGUUGAUCUUAUAACAUUGCAUGGUCGAUCUCGUGAGCAGAGAUAUACAAAAGCUGCUGAUUGGGAUUAUAUUAAUCAAUGUGCAAAGCUUUCCCAUCCUGUUCCAUUUUUUGGAAAUGGUGAUAUCUUUUCAUAUGAAGAUGCAAUUAAAAGACAAGAAAAUUUUGGUGUGGAUGGGCUGAUGAUUGCAAGAGGAGCUCUUAUUAAACCAUGGAUUUUUACAGAGAUAAAAGAAAAAAGACAUUGGGAUAUUUCAUCACAAGAAAGAUUUGAAUUGUUAAAGUGUUUUACUAACUAUGGACUUGAGCACUGGGGUUCUGAUACCAAAGGUGUUGAAAAUACACGAAGGUUUUUAUUAGAGUGGUUAUCAUUUUUAUAUAGGUACAUUCCUGUUGGAUUGCUUGAGGUUGUUCCACAAAAAAUAAAUGAACGCCCUCCCUCGUAUUUUGGAAGAAAUGAUUUAGAAACUCUCUUUGCAAGUCAUAAAUCUUGUGACUGGGUAAAAAUAAGUGAAAUGCUUCUUGGUCCUGUUCCUGAUAGUUUUACAUUUCUACCCAAGCACAAAGCAAAUACAUAUAGCUAAUAAAAAUGAAAAGUUUACAUAUAGAAACACCACCAAUUGAUAAAAUAGACAGCAAUAAAAAUUUACAUAUAGAAACACCACUAAUUGAGAAAAUAGACAGUGAUAAAAAUUACAAAAUAUUUUUCAAACUAGAAAAUACAC